AUCAUACUUAACUACUAGUCAUCGUAAAAAUGUCUGCAAAAGUGAUCAUGGUGGUGAUACAUGUGUUGUCCUCUUCUACAAUGGCACUAGCUCAGAAUGUUUCGAUAUUUCCUAAAACACCUGCUUUUGUCGACGUCAAUCAUGAAUUAACAUUCAUGUGCAAAUCGUCUGCUGAUGAAGAUUGGCGAAAUACAUUAUUUUUUGACGAAACAGAAGAUGAUGGACUAUCAAGUGUAGGACUAUUUUACCAGAAUACAAAUGGUACAUGCAUCCAAAGCAUUAUAUCUGAGAAAUACCAAGCUGCAUGUGAUAUCGCCAAAGUAGAAUUUAAUUUGACCAUACGAAAGAUUGAUAGACAGUAUCAUGAUAAGAUUAUUUCUUGUAAAACGCAAUUUGGAAAUGGAACAAUUGAGGAUAUAUCUGUAACUAAAACCGUUAAGAUAUAUGUCAAAGUUCCAGUGUCAGAUAUCAUCCUCUCAGAAACAGAAAUUGAAACAAAUGUGACCUCUAAUUUUACCAUAAGAUGUAGUGUUAUAAGCAGGCCUGCAGCAAUAAUUAAGUGGAUUAGGUUCAACGCUGAUGGAUUACAAGAUGAUAUUACAUCCUUUUCACAAGUUAGCUCUAACCACAGUAUUGCUGGCGACACAAUUAUGAGUGUUUUAACAAUCAAGUUUUCGAAAUUUGAUAACAAAGGACAUUUACAAUGUGAAGCGAAUAAUUCGUUUUCCUUUCGACAAUCUCAAGAUAUUCCUUUACAUAUAUAUUACCCACCAGAAAAUAGACCUAUUAUUAGACAGGUUAAACCAGGACCCGUUGAUUCGGGGGAAACUGUAUAUUUACAUUGUUCUGUAUAUGGUGGAUAUCCUAUUGCAAAAAUCAUCUGGGAUUGCCAGGGUAAAAUAAAAGACCAAUCGUCUGACACGUUAUCUGCAGUUAUUCUAGAACUUGUUAUUGAUAGAAGUUAUGAUGAUAAGAUUUGUUCAUGUACGGCAACACAUCGAGACCCCAGCUACAAGCAUACAUUACAGCAUAAACUUAUUGUGUAUUACAAUCCAGAAGUCAAAUUUGAAAACAACGUGCUCGAACUUUAUGCUGUAGAAGGUGAAAAUCUAACUGUUAAAUGCUUGGCGAACGGUAAUCCAAAGGCAAUGGUACACUGGGAGGAAAGUAAUAUAGAGUUAACAGUUCCAGAAGACAGUCAGUCUGUAUUAUAUAUAUACAGGAUUGAAAGACAUCAACACUUAUUUACGUGCCAUGCGGUUUCACUUUCUGCGAAAUACGGUCAGCUUGUAACAUCAAAGCCGAUUGAAAUAGAAAUUUUCUGUAAGAUUUUACAAAAAUUAGAGAAAAAUAUGCAUUAA